AUCAAUAUAUAUAUAUAUAUAUUAUUAUAUUAUUUUAUUAUUAUUUAUUAUUAUAUAUUAUAGGAAAGUAGUAGUAGGUUCAAUGCUCGACAAGUGUAUAGGCUAAUUGAUCAACAAGUAUUCAGUUCAAAUGUAUGACAAGUGUCCAGUUUUGAUAUUAAAGUGUUUAAAUAACAUUUAUUGAGCGGGGAAGUUUCAACCAAAAAAUUUUUGAAAUUCAAAUCUGUAGUUUUUUUUGGUAGAGUCAAAUAUAUGGUUUAAAUAUUUCUUUUGCCCAUAUUUUGUUUCUUGGUUCAAUUCUUAGCUCACAGGUCACAGUAGAUUCGCUCAAUUUUGACUCGGUAGUUGACUCGGUCCUUCUUACCCUCACUCGUUCGCGAUGUCUUUGAACUCCAAUUUUGUGCAUACAAUCGAGUCAGUGCUGGGUGUAAAUCGUCGAACCGAAGAAGGGAGAUGAGACCGGUCAUAGUGCCGAAGCCGUUGGCAAAUUGAAGACUCUGCAUGCCGCCAAGGGAAUGCUAAGUGAGAUUCGACAAGAUUUAGUGGAUCUUCAUAACUAGCUGCAACAACAUCAAAUAGAAUCUUCUUCUUCUUCGCCGCUGAUUUGUUAGACAAAAAUGCUAUGACCAUUAACCAAGCGGCAUUCGCUUUCAUCUUCGUUGAACAGUAAGUCGGGUUCAUUUUCCACCAGAGCAGAAAGAUUGGUAGCCUUGAGCGGCAAAGGAGCAAUAAUGACGGAUAGAUCUCUAACAUCUUCAAGGGAUGUCACAGGUGAUAGCUCUUUUCCUAAGAUCAAAUCUCAAGAUAUCUGGAGCAAAUAAUGCAGGUUUUGGAGAAAUUGAUUUGGAAAGGCAAUAUGUGAAAGGAGUUGUAUUUCUUGGACCUCCAGCUGUAUCUAUGGCAGCACUGGGAGAUAAAAUUGGUUCACCAUUGAUUGCUCAAGCAGCUGAAGUGCCAACUCUUUCAUGGAAUGGUUCUCAUGUGAAAAUUCCACCAGGAGUAUAUGAAAUAUUUACAUAAAGAAAAUUGGAUAAAUACCAUUAUGAGAAACUUUGUCCUAACCUUACUUUUGUGUUCUUUUUUUUUUUUUG